ACUGGCUGCCAUACUGACCUACACAUUAUUUGCCCAUGGAAAAAGGUCACGGAAGAAGCAAAAGAAAAGAAAAGAAAAGAAAAGUGAAAGAGUGGUUGUAAGAUAAUCAUAGGCUUGGAGAGAAAAACCAAGCCACCAUCAACCCUCUCUCUCUCUCUCUCUCUCUCUCUCUCUCUCACACACACACACACACACACAGACACAGAGUUACAGAUCUUUGUCCCUGUAAAAGGUUUUCAACAGACAAGAAAAACCCAAAUCCCCUCUCUGUCUCUCUUCACCAUCCGUGACCAAGGUGAGUGUAUUAUUGAGUGAAGCAGACAAAGGUUGCUAGCCAUUGUCCAUCCCUCCUCUCUUAUCAUCUCCUUCAGCUCUUUUUGGUGCCCUUUUUCUCUCUGCAUUUUCUCACUGAUAAUACUGGUGGAAAAUAUUCAAGGACCUUCUGUUUGGCUUGCCAUUAGUGAUUCCAAUCUUUCCCUGAAAAUGAGGGAAAGUAAGAGAAAAUGCCAAAUUAAAGAAGAAAAAAGAAAGUAAACCAAGACAAUUUUUUCCCCUCUUGCCCCCAUACAUUUUCUUGCAAUUUCUUUAUAGUUGCAACAUUCAAUUAGAAAAUGAGGAAGCAUGGAUGGCAGCUUCCACACCAUCCUCUCCAGGUGGUAGCUGUUGCUGUAUUUAUGGCAUUGGGGUUUGCUUUCUAUGUAUUCUUUGCCCCUUUUGUUGGGAAGAAGGUGUUUCAGUAUAUUGUGAUAGGACUCUACACUCCUCUUAUUACAUGCGUCUUUGGCCUAUAUAUUUGGUGUGCGGCAGCUGAUCCCGCCGAUCCUGGAGUCUUCAAGUCCAAAAAAUAUCUUAAAGUUCGGGAUAGAAAAAGGCAGGCCCCAUUCAAGGAAUCUAAAUUAGGUGGGGAAUCAAAUUCAUCAAUACAAGAUGCCAAUGCUGCAACAGUUGAAGCUUAUGCUACUGAAAUUGAAAAGAAGAAUGCACAAGCUCACCGUUCAUCUUGUUUUAUGGCUCUUUUAGCGUUACUUCCUUGUGCUUCUAUGUGCAACUUCUCAAAUUCUCACGAAGAAUCUUCUGAGCAACAAAUGAGCGAAGAUGGCAUGUUCUACUGUAGUUUGUGUGAAGUAGAGGUUUUCAAGUAUAGCAAGCAUUGCAGAGUUUGUGACAAAUGCGUUGACCAUUUCGAUCACCAUUGCAGGUGGCUCAAUAACUGUAUAGGCAGAAAGAACUACAGGCAGUUCUUCACCCUCAUGGUUUCGGCCCUUCUAUUGCUUGUGCUUCAGUGUUCAAUCGGAAUCCUUGUAAUGGUCUGCUGCUUUUUUGAGCGCAAGAGAUUCUCUGCAGAAAUCACCUCAAGAUUAGGAAACAGUUUUUCAGUGUUUCCCUUUGUUAUAGUUGUGGCAGUAUGCACCAUUUUAGCCACGAUUGCGAUCCUGCCUCUUGCUCAGCUUUUCUUCUUUCACAUUCUUCUCAUAAAGAAGGGUAUUAGCACAUAUGAUUAUAUCAUAGCUUUGAGGGAUCAAGAACAACAAGGAGUUGGAGUUCAGCAAAGUCCCCAGAUGUCACAUAUUAGCUCCAUUACUGGGUUUAGCAGUACAAGUUCCUUUAAUAACAUCCACCGAAGUGCAUGGUGUACACCUCCACGCCUAUUUCUUGAGGAUCAGUUUGAUGUAGUUCCUCCAGACACCGCAUCUGUUAAGUCAUUAGGCAAAAAGAUGGUAGGAGAGGAGCCAAUUAAGAAAAAGAACCCUGGAGCUGUUAAGAUCAGCCCAUGGGCAUUAGCGCGCUUGAAUGCAGAAGAGGUUUCAAAGGUUGCUGCAGAGGCAAGAAAGAAGUCCAAAAUUUUGCAGCCUGUGGUGAGACGGGAAGCUCCUUUUGGACAACAAGGAGCAGGCAGCAGUGGCCGUAGGAUGGUCCCAAGACCUGAUAACAAUAACAGAAGACGAGCUGGUAAGUGGGUUCACCUACCGGUGGAGCAACCCAUUGAAGAAGCUGCUGAUGGCAAUGGAAGUGAUCUGAUUCCCGAGACAUCAACCAGUUUGGCGCCUCUUCAACUUGAAGCCAGGAGUGCAUUCCGGACAAGCCUACCUACGUCCAGCUCAGCUGGUGUAAUAGCUUCCUCUCCAGAGAGCAGCUUGGACUCCCCUGAUCCCCACCCAUUCUGGAUCUCCUCAUUAGGUGGUGAAGAGGCAAGGCGGUUCACAGGUCUAUCAUCAGCAGCUACUCAGAAGGGAAUCACAUUAUCGAGAUCAACAAGUGAUGGUUAUGAGCCAUCCGGUGGGGAAGAUAGUGACCGAGUACCUUCCAGGACUGUACAGAGGUCGACAAACUGGAGUAAACCGUCGCUAAAUUAAAGGCAUCAUCUCCAUCUCGCCAGGCUAACAAUAGGGAGGUUUGAACUAGUGAAGUUUAUUUAAUUAUGGAAUACGGGUCAUUUUCAGUUUACCAAGGUGACACAUUUCAAUAUUCUUUCAUAUGUUGUCCAAGAUCAUCCACAAUCAAUCAGCAAUCCCCAGCUUGGCCUCAGUGACAUGAUUUCUGGCUUUUGAGAACUUGGAAUCUAAGUGGCGCGGAGAAAAGUUUUAACACGAGGAAUAGAACUUGAUUUUGGCUUCAGAAUCAUUGUAGCUUUUGGUCAUUAGUUCUUGAGUUUAACACCGACCAGAAGGCAAUGUUGCUUGUGGAUCGUUUUACAAGAAGAAAAACUCAAUGGUAUCUUUGUAAUCUCUCUUCUUGAUUUGUGCUUUUGGCAUUAUUUUGGCUUUUUCCGCUAUCAGAAUUGUAAUUUUUGUAACAAUCCACAUUAUUAACUCAGUAAUGUCUUGCAAGUUCUACAACUCUA